CGCGCCGCCGCGGGCGAAGGCGCGGUGUACCUGGUGCGGCACGGGCAGUCCACCUGGAAUCUGGCCGCUAAGCGCUGGGACCUCUGGACCAUGUUCUCUCAGGUGGACCAUCCGCUCACCGCCGAGGGUUUGAAGCAGGCCCAAGACCUGCGCGUCCGCAUGAGAGAGGCGAAGUUUCUAUCCGAUGGCACGCGGGUCUUCUCCUCGCCGUUGGCGCGCGCAGUGGCCACAACCAUCGCCGCUGUUGGCCUCGACAGGAGCAUCGAGCUGCUGCCGGCGGCCCGGGAGAUCGCGUGGCCCUGGUGCGGCCCCGACUCCAUGGGCACGCACGGCAAAGCGGCGCUCAUGGUAAAGGUGCUCCAAAGCCUCCAGGAUGACACACUUCAAGACCAGGCCUUGGAUCUGGUGGACGCCUCCCGCCUUGCGGGGAAGUGGAGCGGCCGGGAAUCUAAGCAGGAGAUGCAUGCCAGGCUGCGAUUGCUGCUCAGCCUGGUACGACCAGCAGUCCGCCCUUCACGAGCUCGGGAUGCAGCAGAUGGAAGACACUGGCAGAACAGCGUGCUGGUUUGCCACAGCCUGCUGAUUCAGCGCUUGUUCAAGGACUUUGCUUCCGAGGCCUUGCAGAAGGAGAGCCCGGAGCUGCUUCUCCGGCUUCGAGCGCGGAAGCUGCAGAACUGCGGCGCCCCGGCGAUCCGAUCCGCCAGUCCACCAUUGGGGGCCUGGCAGUGGGGCCUUGAUGGCUGGGUGAAUCCGGGUACAUGAGAAUUUAGAGGUGUUGCCAAGAUCUUGCUAGACACGGACAAUCUCAUCAGCCAUGCUGACCUCGUGUUUGGCACAAAGCUGGUGUGAGACUCGCCCGACAGUGAUCAGCAUCGAGCGCAGCCACGCGCCAAGAUGCGCAGAAAUCUGUAGCUUUUGUACAUGUGGGUAUGGGUCAAAAUUAAC